GCAUCCUCUCCAUCUGCUCUGGCGAUGAUGUGAAGUCCCCUGGUGUCACAUGUUUAUCCUUCCCCUGGUUGUUGCUGCUGUGGCCUCCAUCAGAUCGGUGCCCCCCCGCCGAGGGGUAGUGAGGAGGUUGCUGUGUACUCUGAUGCUUAAAGUCCUGAAUAAGAGGAGGAAAAGACAAUAAAAACAUAUCGUGACAGGACAGAACUGAGGAAGAAAAAAUGUCUCGGACAGAGGAGGUCAACAAGAUGACAGAAAAUGUCUACAAGGGGAUUUUGGACCAGUUCAACCCCAGUCUGAAGAACUUUGUGACCAUGGGGAAACACUACGAGAAAGCUCUGACAGGAGUAACUGUGGCUGCCAAAGGGUACUUCGACGCUCUGGUGAAACUUGGAGAGCUGGCGAGCGACAGCCAAGGCUCCAAAGAGCUGGGAGACACACUGUUUCAGAUGGCCGAGGUCCACAGACAGAUUCAGGUGCAGCUGGAGGACGUGCUGAAGCUGUUUCACUCUGAGCUGCUCGCCCAGUUGGAGCAGAAGCUGGAGCUAGAUAUUAAAUACCUCACAGCCACCCUAAAGAAGUAUCAGAGUGAGCGGCGGUCUAAAUCUGAGUCUAUCGAGCGUUGCCAGUCCCAGCUGAAGAAACUCCGCAGGAAGAGCCAGGGCAGUCGUCACCCGAACAAAUACGGAGACCGAGAGAUGCAGUUUGUGGAGUUGAUGAGUCGCCGCCAAGGCGAGCUGGACGCACUGGUUGCCACGGGUUACAAGUCCGCGCUCACUGAGGAAAGAAGACGAUAUUGCUUCCUGGUGGACCGACAGUGUUGUGUCACCAAGCUGCUCAUCAACUACCACUCCAAGGUGAGAGAGCUCCUGUCGCAGAAACUUUCAUCCUGGCAGCAAUCAUGUUCUCAGCCCACGAAACUCCCGGAGCGCGCUCUGAAUCUGCUGCGUCACACUGCACCUCAAGGCUCAGGGGCUGCUGGGAUGGCUGAGGUCCUCCGCCACACCAAGACUGGCUGUGCUCAGCCAGAACAGAGGAUCUCCGUUCAAGAAGUUCCUCCUCUGUUAAAUGGAGACUCCAGUCGUUCCCAGCAGCAACGCUCGCUCCCCUCCUCCUCCUCCUCCCAGAGUGAAACUGGUCCUCCUCAGGGAUCUCCCCAGACUUUUCGCUCUUUCGCCACUGGAGGAGCCGCUGGCGCUUCAUCACAAGGAGCGUCUCCUCAGCAUACCAGCACACCCAUCAGUGCAUCAGCCAGCCCCCUCCCCGACAGCAGCACCAGUGACAGCACCAGCCCCGAAGCAUCCACUCCCUCCACGUCCAGCAACUCGGCCCAACAAGGUUCUCUCCUUCUGGCCACAUCCAACCUCUCCCCAUGCCUCAUCCCCUCCACGGUGAUGUCGCUCAGCCAGAUCUCCCCGACCAGCAGCUCCUUGCAGGGCAUGACCCUCCCCAUCCCCCACAGUGCUCCUCACAGUCCUCCACUGCCCCACAGUGCUCCUCUCUCCAGGGCCAUGACUCCUGUGCAGUUACUGCACCAACAGGUGGGACCAGGAGGGAGCAACACCUCAUCACCAUCACAUAAUCCCUGGCUGCUGAGGGCCUCUGAUAUGAGUGCAACAGCGACACUUCCACUGCCAAGGAGACCCGUCAGUGAAAUGAGGCUGGGCGGCUUUCAGGGCUCCAGUCUCCCUCGGAUGCUACCUUUAUCUGGACCUACACGUGUGGAAGCCAUGUAUUCUCACACUCCUGGAGCAUCAGAGGGUGGUGGUCUAGGGGGCGGAGCUUGCUUACUGCACUUCCUGCCUGGUGACAACAUCACCCUGCUCAUCUCUGAGCCCAGAGAUGGGUGGCACUAUGGUCAAAAUGAACGAACUGGACGGAAAGGCUGGUUCCCUUUCUCCUACACUCAGCCACACCACAGUAAGAUUGAUCACCUUGAGAACUCUCUCUUCUUAUCUAAGGCAAACAGCACCAGUACAGGCCAGCUUGACAAGCUGGGGUCUGCAGGUCUCCCAGCCCUCACCCCCGAGUCCGAGGAGGAGCGCUCCCUUCCUCCCCAGAGGGUCAGCACCUUCCGCCCACGCCCAUACAGUAUGGCUGACAGUAACAAGAUCACCUCAGACUUGGCCUCUCCACCACACUCCCCAAACAGGAGCAAUCCAUUUGCCCACAUCCGACUCAGAAAAACUGUCACCAAUGAUCGCUCAGCUCCCAUCAUUGAGUAAGAGUUUUAUUCUCACAGCAGCAGCUGCGAUCCUGCUCUCGGUGAUUUGUCAGUCCAUCAAACCUCAGGAUGAAUCCUGGACAGCCCACUGGUUGAUUCUUUUACAUUGUACUUUACUUUGAAUGUUCUUUUUUUUGCAAGUAAAUCAAAUAGAUUGUGUUUCAUGUGCAGGAAUGGAACAUUUUUUCAAAUCAGAAUAUAAAAGGUUAUUGUGUAAAGGCUGAUCUGUUAUAAAUAUGAUUACAGUUCAUUCAAUUUUGAACUACUUAAUGAAAAAAAAAACUGGAAACUGUCCACUAUAAUAUCUGAAAAUUCAGUUUGAGUGAAAUGUGGGCAUUGAAAUAAAAUGUAGUUUUUAUGAAACAGAGGAAAGGCCAUAGGCUUUGCUUAGCCUAGUGUUUGAGAUUGAUAUAUUGAGUCUUGCUUGUCCAGAAUAACUAACAUUUUUAGGCGUAUGUAACAUGCCUCUUAUUUCUCUUUUUGUUUUACAGUGCAAUUUUUUUCUCUGCAUAACUCAGUAUCUAGGUUUGUGUUAUUUUUUGUGCCAUAUUCAGAAAGGUUUUCUGUGUUCGGCUGAUCUAGGGACUGGCUCCUAAUUGCAGGUUGUGAACUUUUACUGUAACAAAGUGUUAUGGGAAGAGGACAGGCUCCUACUCUAAAAGUGCUAUUACAAUAUUAUAUUUUUAGGAGAGCUGCAAGGUUGUUCUCGGUUUCAGUGAAGUUGAACUUUUAAAUUUAUUCAAAGUGUCUUUUCUAUUUUAAAUCUGGUUGUGUGGUUGAGAGAGACUUGGAUUAUUUCAAUGAAAUUGGAGCAAUGACAUGCUUUUGUGUCAUUUUUAGAUUAAAGUGACUGAAUGUGGGCAGUGCUGUGUAAUUAAUCAAGUCCCUGUCAGUUAUAUCUUGUGUUUAUUCCAGUUAACAUGACACUACUCUGCUGCUGUAAAGCUACAUAUUAGUAUUUUAUGAAUGUAGAUUUUUGUAACUCUUUACCUGGACUUAAAAUACAUAUAAGGAAAACAAAUUCUACCUUAAAUCUGAUCAUUCAAAUGAUUCAGCAGAUGUAUUUGUUUGUUUUUCAGUGGAAUAAUUAUUUGAUGCAGGGCAAGACGAGCUUAUGAGCUUCACAGACACAAACUGUGACAGUCAAUAGUUGAACGGUUGGACGUUAUCAUUGAAAGAAGUGUUUUCUUUUUUUUUUUUUUAGAAAGUAGCAAGUCGUGGAGGGUUCCAAGUGUUGAGAAGGAGAGAUUUGCAUGCUUAGUCUUUGGAUUUGAUGUCUUCUUGAUUCCUUUUCAGUCCCAAAUCAAAAGCUAGACAACAUCUAGGCUAGUUGAUUGUAGCUGUAUGUUUACCAACCAAACUGAGCAGAAUCUUCAAGAGAGAUGUGAAAGCCAAGACGGAUGAUAGGAUUGAGUUUUAUUGGGGAAAUGAAUCUAUGAAAGUGAUGAAGAAAGCAUACGGGAAGUUGGCCAACGUCUGAGCAAGUGUUUAUGGUAAACUAGAGACAUCCAAAGUAAUAUUCUGUAGCUCUGUAGUCGCCUCUAGAAAAACUGUUGUUUGAAGGUAAAAAUGUGUAUCUGGUUUGUGUUCCUGUUGAGUUUCUGUGACCUUUUAGCACCUUGAAGACUCAACAUAUCAUAGUAAAUCAUUUCUAACAGCAUAUGUUAUUACUUUGAGCAGUAUGGUUUAGUUUAUAAAGGUGACAGCAAAGUUGUAGAGCUAAUGCUUAUUCAUGCUUGUAAAUAAUGCUUAAAACAUGUGUGAUUUUAUGACUUUUAUUUGACUUCGAUAUUUCACUUUGGUUGAACAUUUUGACUUUGUGAAAGGAGGAAAACUGCCAAUACUGGAAACCCUGCACAUCUGUCAGUAAUGGUGUUCAAACUGAACAGGAAAUAAACCUCUUACAAACACAGAAUGACAUAUUAUUCACUUGCAUAUGUCUGAAUGUGUUUUAAACUGAGAAUAUUGAUUCAAACAGACCAGACUUUGGGCAUCUGGUGGCUGCUGUAGUGGCCAGUAGUAGUGAGAUUGAAAGUGACAAUAUAUGAGUAAAUAUUUUUAAAAAAAACUUGUUUUAACAGGCCUAUAAACAAACAGAUAGAGAAGAGCUAACCUGAGUUGUAGUUGUACCUCAAAGUCAUAUGUUUACUUUUGUGUAUGUAAACAUGAGAGCAAAUCAGGCUAUUUUCUUUUAGUUUAGGUGUGGUGGAAUCAAAAGUUUAACAAUUUAGGCAAAAAAAAAAGGAAUUGCAUGUUUAAAUAAAAAGUGUGUAAAACUGAAUGUAGAAAUUAUUGAUACAAAGGAAGAAUUUUUGUACAAGUCUGAAUUGUGAAAUAUGUUGUAAGAAAUACUUGUGAACUUUAUUAAAAUUAUAAUAAUUAUAGAUCUGAAACAACAAGAAAUAUAAGGCAAAAUUAACAGACAAAUUAACAACGAAAGGAUGUAUGUGUGUACAUUAAGUAUAUGUAGUUGUCUAAAGGAUAUUUGUUAACUAAUUGAUCCAAUGAAUGCUGCCAAAACUGUUCUUCCAAAGUGAAAUAUUGUCUUAACAUUGCACACUCAGUUUACGCAGUUUGUUGGUUCUGUACAAAAUAUGAAGCAACUUGAACAGAUUGUCAGUCUGUUCUCUGAAUUGCAUCGACAUGAAAUCCUGGUGACUGCAGAAGAUA